UUCAACAGCAGCCUAUUUCCAUCUGAUCGAUCGAUCUUUUUCUCUGCACAAAAUCUACUUCGAUUCUCACCCAAUUUUCUACACAAAACCCACUUCGAUUCCGACCCAACUUUGUCGAUCUGCUCCUUCGUGGUUCGGACGACGACGUACUUCAAAGUUUUCUGGUACACUAUUCGUGCUUGGAUUCGACUAUUGUUUGAGUUCCGGAUGCGCAAAUGACUUCGUUAAGUAGAGAAUUGGUUUUUCUCAUUCUUCAGUUCCUGGAGGAGGAGAAAUUUAAGGAAUCAGUUCACAAGCUUGAGCAAGAGUCUGGCUUCUUCUUCAAUAUGAAAUAUUUCGAGGAGAAGAUACAAGCUGGUGAAUGGGACGAAGUGGAGAAGUAUCUUUCGGGAUUUACAAAAGCUGAUGACAAUAGAUACUCCAUGAAGAUAUUCUUUGAAAUUAGAAAGCAGAAGUAUCUAGAAGCACUCGAUAAGCAAGACAAAGCAAAGGCUGUUGAUAUACUGGUGACCGAUUUGAAAGUAUUCUCUACAUUUAACGAAGAAUUAUAUAAGGAAAUUACUCAGCUCAUAACACUCACCAAUUUCAGGGAAAACGAGCAGUUAUCCAAGUAUGGUGACACCAAGACAGCUCGUAGCAUUAUGUUGAUAGAGCUUAAGAAACUAAUUGAAGCGAAUCCUCUUUUCCGCGAGAAGCUCGUGCUUCCUAGUCUAAAAUCUUCAAGACUGCGAACUUUAAUCAAUCAAAGUUUGAAUUGGCAACAUCAACUCUGUAAGAAUCCAAGGUCCAACCCAGAUAUAAAGACCUUAUUCAAUGAUCAUACUUGCACACCUCCAAAUGGAGCUCUUACAUCUGCUCCUGUUACUAUUCCAGCUGCUGGAGUUGCAAAACCUCCUAUUUAUUCACCAUUGGGAACACCAUUUCAGCCAGCUGCAGCGACUGGUAGUGCUAAUGCUUUAGCAGGUUGGAUGGCAAAUGCUUCUUCGUCAUCAUCUGUUCAAGCGGCUGUUGUUACAGCUUCUUCCUUACCUGUUCCACAAAACCAAGUCUCAAUACUGAAACGUCCAAUAACACCACCAACCACCCUAGGUAUGAAUGAUUAUAAGAGUGCUGAUCAUGAGCAGCUAAUGAAACGACUGCGGCCUGUACAAUCGGUUGAGGAGGUUACCUACCCAGCUCCUCGUCAACAUACCGGUUGGACCCUGGAUGAUUUGCCAAGAACUGUAGCUUGUGCCUUGCAUCAAGGAUCAUCUUCUGUUGCAAGCAUGGAUUUCCAUCCUUCUCAUCAAACAUGGCUCCUUGUUGGUUCGACUAAUGGAGAAAUAACACUCUGGGAAAUUGGCAUACGAGAGAAACUAGUUUCGAAGCCAUUCAAGAGAUGGGAUAUGUCUACAUGUUCUCUUGCAUUUCAGGCUUCUAUGGCCAAAGAUACUUCUAUAUCUGUUACUCGUGUCACGUGGAGUCCAGAUGGGAAUUUUCUGGGGGCUGCCUUUACAAAACAUUUGAUUCAUCUGUAUGCUUAUAAUGGGCACAAUGAUUUCCGUCAGCAUUUAGAGAUUGAAGCUCACGUGGGUCAAGUUAAUGAUCUGGCUUUUGCUCACCCAAACAAACAGCUCUGUGUUGUAACCUGUGGAGAUGAUAAAUUAAUAAAGGUUUGGGACUUAUCUGGCAGAAAGCUGUUUAACUUUGAAGGGCAUGAAGCACCUGUAUAUUCUGUUUGCCCUCAUCAAAAGGAGAAUAUUCAGUUCAUAUUUUCAACUGCUGUUGACGGGAAAAUUAAGGCGUGGCUGUAUGACAACAUGGGAUCUAGAGUUGACUAUGAUGCACCUGGGCAUUGGUGUACAACUAUGCUUUACAGUGCUGAUGGAAGUAGGUUGUUCUCGUGUGGAACGAGUAAAGAAGGAGAUUCCUUUCUGGUUGAAUGGAAUGAGAGUGAAGGAGCUAUAAAGAGGACAUAUAGUGGUUUCAAGAAAAAAUCAGCUGGUGUUGUGCAAUUUGACACAACUCAAAAUCACUUUUUGGCUGUGGGUGAAGAUAACCAGAUCAAGUUCUGGGACAUGGAUAAUGCUAACGUUCUCACCAGCAUAAAUGCGGAUGGUGGGCUUCAGAGCCUUCCUCGCUUGAGGUUCAACAAAGAAGGUAAUCUCCUUGCUGUAACUACAUCAGAUAAUGGGAUUAAGAUACUUGCAACUGCUGCUGGUCUUAGAUCUUUAAGGACAGUUGAAGCAUCACCUUUUGAAGCCUUGAGAACACCAAUUGAGCCUACCAUGUUAAAGGUUUCUGGGUCUUCUGUUGUUACUAACAUCAAUCCAGUAAAUUGCAAAGUGGAAAGAAGCUCUCCAGUUAGGCCUUCAUCUGUUCUUAAUGGAGUUGAUGCUAUGGGUAGAAGCAUGGAAAAACCAAGAAUAUUGGAUGAUGUAAUUGAUAAACCAAAGUCUUGGCAGUUGACUGAAAUUGUAGAUCCAGUGCAAUGCCGGAUUGUUACUAUGCCAGAGAGCGCAGAUACGGCCAAGAAGGUUGCUCGGCUUCUGUAUACAAAUUCUGGAGUGGGCCUUUUGGCACUUGUAUCUUCUGGUGUUCAGAAAUUAUGGAGAUGGGGCCGCAGUGAACAAAAUCCAAGUGGAAAGGCCACUGCGAAUGUUGUUCCACAACAUUGGCAACCGAAUAGUGGUCUCUUUAUGACAAAUGAUGUCUCUGGCGUCAAUAUUGAUGAAGCAGUUCCAUGCAUAGCACUGUCAAAGAAUGAUUCCUAUGUAAUGUCAGCCUGUGGAGGGAAAGUUUCAUUAUUUAACAUGAUGACCUUCAAGACAAUGACCACAUUUAUGCCGCCUCCACCUGCUUCAACUUUCCUAGCAUUUCAUCCGCAAGAUAAUAACAUUAUAGCCAUAGGAAUGGAGGAUUCCACCAUCCACAUUUACAAUGUUCGGGUAGAUGAGGUGAAGUCAAAACUAAAAGGUCAUCAUAAGCGGAUAACUGGGUUAGCUUUUUCAACCCAUCUCAACAUAUUGGUUUCAUCUGGAGGCGAUGCUCAGCUAUGCAUUUGGAGCAUUGAUACAUGGGAGAAAAGGAAAAUUGUUCCAUUGCAACUGCCUGCAGGCAAGCCUCCUACGAGUGGUGACACGAGAGUUCAGUUCCAUUCGGAUCAAAUCCGUCUGUUAGUAUCUCAUGAAUCUCAGCUGGCUAUAUACGACGCUUCAAAGAUGGAUCGCAUUCGUCAGUGGGUAUCACAAGAUGUCCUCCCUGCUCCCAUAUCUUAUGCUACAUAUUCUUGCAACAGUCAAUUAGUGUACACUUCAUUCUGUGAUGGUAACAUCGGAGUUUUCGAGGCAGAUAGCCUUAGACUACGUUGUCGUAUAGCUCCUUCUGUCUAUUUGUCCUCAUCAGUAUUGAACGGUAGUCAAGCUGUGUACCCUCUUGCUGUGGCAGCGCAUCCUCAGGAACUGAAUCAGUUUGCAAUCGGGCUGUGUGAUGGGUCGGUUAAAGUUCUAGAACCGUUGGAAGGGGAGGCAAAGUGGGGAGUGGCUCCUCCAACUGCUGCUGAUAACAACAGUCUAAGUGGUCGGCCUGGAUCAUCGUCAAACACAAGCAACCACACACCCGAUCAAGCUCAAAGAUGAACAAAUAUCAAGUAUGUUGUAUUUAAUUUACACAAGAAAGAAAUAUAUUAUGUGGGCUUGACAUAAUAUUGUAUUUAAUUUAUUCUCUUGGCUGUGCUAUACAUAUAUUUGGUUGGAAUUUUAACAUA